UCCCAUUGUCCGCAGCCAGACCCACCGGGGUGUGUACAGACAGACACACUGGGGCGUGUACAGUGAGUGAGCUUCGGGAGGCUGGGUGUGUCACAGUGAGUGAGCUUCGGGCGGCUGGGGUUGGGCCGGUUGAGUAGUGUGGCGCGUUGCCCUGUGGUCCUCCUCGGUACAGGCUCGUGUCGCAGCAUCCUUCCAGCACAACGCCUCAGCACUCGUCUCGUGAAGGAUGCUCUGGGCGGAAGAUUUGCCGACUGUAACGAUCCGGACCUCGGCCGACAGCAAUGGGAAGGUGAGGCGUGUCUCCUCGGGUUAGAGCUUCUACUAAAAUACCAUUUAAACGGAACAAAACAGCCAUCGCACCUGGAUGGAGAACGGAGGACACGCAAGACUCGAGAUAACGACCAGUGUUUACGAAGGCCAUGGCGAAGUAGUAGCCUCAUAUGCUGAAGAUGAAUACGUUAACCAAAAUGUCUAAAAACAAACAUUCGGAGUCGGUGCGGGUGGUGGUCCGCUGCCGCCCGUUGAACCGGAGAGAAACCGGCCCGACGGAACGGGAAAACAUUUUGGAGAUAAACGACCAAUUGGGACAGAUUACCAUUCGAAACCCCAACGCACCGGCCGAACAACCUCAGAAAACGUUCACGUUUGAUUCUGUCUACGACUGUAACUCAAAUCAAAUGGACAUCUACGACGACACGGUGGGACCCCUGGUGGAGUCGGUGCUUCAUGGCUUCAACGGAACGAUAUUCGCCUACGGCCAGACCGGCACAGGUAAGACAUAUACGAUGCAAGGUGUUUCCAACAAUCCAGAGGAACGGGGGAUUGUACCAAAUUCGUUUGAGCACAUUUUUACCCAGAUCUCCAGAACUCAGAAUCAAAAGUACCUGGUCAGGGCGUCCUACCUGGAGAUCUACCAAGAGGAGAUCCGAGACCUCUUAUGCAAGAACAACAGCCGGAGUCUGGAGCUCAAGGAGAGCGCCGACUGCGGGGUGUACGUCAGAGACCUGUCCUCCGUGGUCACCAAGAAUGUCUCGGAGCUGGAGCACGUCAUGAACAUGGGCAACCAGUCCCGGGCGGUGGGCUUCACCCACAUGAACGACCGCAGCUCGCGCUCCCACGCCAUCUUCGUGGUGACGGUGGAGUGCAGCGAGGCGGGGCCCGACGGAGAGGACCACAUCCGCGUGGGCAAGCUCAACAUGGUGGACCUGGCGGGCAGCGAGCGCCAGAGCAAGACCGGCGCCAAGGGCAAGCGUCUGAAGGAGGCCGCCAAGAUCAACCUGUCCCUGUCGGCGCUGGGGAACGUGAUCUCGGCGCUGGUGGACGGUCGCAGCACCCACGUGCCGUACCGCGACUCCAAGCUCACCCGCCUGCUGCAGGACUCCCUGGGCGGGAACGCCAAGACGGUGAUGCUGGCCACGGUGGGGCCGUCGGGCCGGCACCACGACGAGACGCUCACCACGCUGCGCUACGCCAGCCGCGCCAAGAACAUCAAGAACAAGCCCCGCGUCAACGAGGACCCCAAGGACGCGCUGCUGCGGGAGUUCCAGCAGGAGAUCGCCCGGCUGAAGGCGCAGCUGGAGGAGCGAGGGGUCCUGGCCAAGGAGAGGCGGAGGAGGAGGAGGGACAGCAAGCGGCUCAGCCGGUGUCUGCCCGGCAUGGAGGAGGAGGAGGGGGGGCUGGGGUUCAAGGAGCGAGACAUGAUGGUGUGGAGCUCCAUGCUGAAGGAAGCCGGAGGAGGAGGCUCAGACGACGGGAACAUCGGGAGCGGCUCCUGCUUCCAGCUGGGGGCCAGGGAGAAGUUUCAGGAGUGGGGGGAGAAGGAGACACACAAGGACGACAUCCAGUCGGACCAAGAGGCCCUGGAGAAGAUCAUAGAGAAGUACAAGGCCAUGGAGAGCAAACUGCUCGUUGGGGGGAAGAACAUAAUUGAUCACACAAAUGAACAGCAGAAAAUGCUUACGCUGAAGAGACAAGAGAUCGCCGAGCAGAUCCGACGGGAGCGGGAGAUCCAGCAGCAGUUGAUGCUGCAGGACGAGGAGACGCUGGAGGUGAGAGAAACCUUCUCCUCCAUGCAGCACGAGGUGGAGCUGAAGACCAGGAAGCUGAGGAAGCUAUAUGCCAAGCUGCAGAUGGUGAGGUUAGAGAUGUGCGAUGUAAUCGAGGAGCAUGUGUUGACAAGACAAGAGCUGGAGCAGACCCAGAACGAACUGACCAGAGAGCUCAAGUACAAGUUCAUGCUGAUCGAGAACUUCAUCCCGCCAGAGGAGAAGAACAAGAUGAUGAACCGGGUGUACUUCGACGGGGAGGAGGAGCAGUGGCGGUUUCAACCCAUCCUGGCGUCCGACAGAUUCAGGAGCACUCCUUCCUCCCCCAGGACCCCCACCGCGGUGAAGAGGAGGCCCACCUCGGUGGUCGGUUACAAGAGACCCAUCAGUCAGUACGCACAGAUGGCGGUUGCCACGGCAACGGGAGCACCAUCCAGAUACCAGGCGGAGAACAUCCUGCUUCUGGAGCUGGACAUGUCCCCCCCCACCAUGUUCACCCUGAACCUGAACGGAGCCCACCUGGAGAGGGUCUUCUCCCCCCGUCCCGGGGUGACCCCCAGAGAGAGGGGCCCGGCCGCCCGGGUCCGCAGGUCCCGGUCCUGGUACCAAGCCCCCCAGGCUCAGCGCGUCGCCUCCUCCUCCUCCUCCAGCUCUCUGGGCUCCGGGGCUCAGUCUCUGUCCGACCCCCCCGUGAGGCAGCGGCCCUCCUCCGCCCUCUGCCCGCCCCUGGGGGGCACCCCACCCACUGCCGCGGCCGAGGGCCCCCCCCCCCAGGGCCACGCCCCCCAGGCCGCGCCCCCCGGCGCCCCGUAGGACGGCAGUAGGAGUGUGUACGUACCGCAGACUUGGGGUUCACUUUUGAUCAUUACUUCAGGUUUUUUAUUUGGUUGUUAAAGAUUGUGUUUGGGCAUGGGCUUCUGACGUUCUGUGAGCAUGUUUCGAUGUAACCAGAUGAACUUUGUAUUUAUUAUGAAGUUUAGGCUAAGUUUAGUUCUGGGAUGUGGAGCUUCUUCAUUUGGCUGGUUGUUGUUUUAUAUCCAAUGUGGCCCAAAGCAUUAAACAAAUGUUUCAAGUUAUGUUAACUAAAAUGAUAGAAUUGUAAAAAAAAAUCUUUGUUGAAAAUGUCUGAAUCAGAAAAAUGGGUUGGUUAUCAACCUGAUAUUCUCAGCAUUACUAUGUAAUAAUGCUUUAAUGUCAAAAAGACCAAAAGCGACCAAGUACUUAAGUGGGGUGGGGGUUGGGUUCCCGGCAAAAUCAGUCUUAUUUUUUAUUGUAAGAACCUAGGAUUUUGAGUGAAAAAAAACAUUGCUUUAAGUUAUAUUAUUGCUGAAUUAUUUGUGAUCCAAAUAUUUGACGAAUGUUGCAAUGCUCUCUUAUUUAUAGUUGCCUUAUUUUCAUAUGGUUGUACAAUUGCUUGUAUAAACGCCAUUACUUACAAACAAGAAUAAACAAAAUAAAAUGUGAACUUUGAGUACACCGAAUCCUAA